GGGCGCCGCCACCAGAACGACCGCUGCCGGAGCCAACUCCCUCCCCACCUCUCUCUCUCUCUUCCUCCGCCAUCCCCGUCCCGUCGUCUGUCCGCCGCCGGCGACUCUCCGAUUCGCUCGCGGAGUAGCGGUUGGGCGGCUCCCCCCACUCCCUCUCUCUGCUAAGGUGAGAUUUGCAACGAGAAAGAUCAUUUGGCUUCGCUUGGGAUAGGAAGUUUUAGUCCAAAACGAAGAUAAAUAAAUACCAGGUUUUCUGUUCAAAACUACUAAUACUUUCUCUCCGGUGAUCUGUCUCUAACCCUAACCCAAAGGGGUGGGAGGCACCCAUCGAUCUAGAUCUCUCUUCUGAUUCUUCAGAGUAGCAGCCUAGUUGUUUGUGGUGGGGGAGAAGAAGAUCCACAGCAAUUCAAUCCGAUCGAUCGAUCGAUUUAUGAUGAGCACCCGUCGGUUUGUUUAUCUGGUGCUGGGGGAGUUUGGCCGCCGCCGCAGCAACUAUACGCUGCGCAACAUUGACAUGGAGCGCUUCUUCCUGCCACGUCCAACCCCGGUGCCAUCCGUGGCGUCGGCCGCCGACGCGGUGGAGUAUGCUAGCCUGCCAUGCCCAGCCAUGACCUUCUACCCUCCCUUCUCCAAGUUGUUUGCGAACCAGAAGAUGGAGUUCCUCCUCCUUGGAGGCAAUCACAGCAACGCGGUGGUCGCCGUCGACCAGACCUGCCGCACCGUCCUCUACGACCCCGGCGAGCACGCCGUCCGCACCAUGCCCGCCCUUCCCUACCAGGUGAGGUUGCCUACCACCUCCGUCACCGUCGGGGACGACCUCUACAUCCUCGACAUGCCGCGCCACGAAGAUGACGACGACGACGGCGACGGCUGCUUCUAUGGGCUCAUCUACGAGGAUGGAUUGAAUGAGGAUUGGCGAUGCCGCGCUCUCCCCCCGCCGCCACCGCCGCUGUCCGAUCUCCAUGUCCACUCCUACGCCGUCGUCGGUGACACGGAGAUCUGGAUGUCCACGCACGGCGGUGGCAUCUACUGCUUUGACACGGUGAGCCAUGCGUGGAGCACAGUGGCCACCGGCUGGACGUUGCCAUUUACCGGUCUCGCCGAGUAUUGCCAUGAGCACGGCCUUUGGUUUGGCUUCUCACGCAGCAAUAGAGACAUGAGCAGGAACUUUGUCCUCUCCGCUCUGGACCUCGAUGGCGGCUCGAAGCUGCCGGUGCUUCACCGCCUUCCUCUGGAGUUCACACCGCCCGACGCCCUCAAUCUUGAAAGCUCAUACCUCGUGAACCUUGGACACGGCAAGUUCUGCAUCGCCAGGUUCUUCCAUACCGAUGAGGAUCACCGUGACGGCGAGGAGCUGUUCGCCGUGUUAACCGCCGUCGAGGUGGAGCGCUGCGAUGAUGACGACGAUGCUGGUGGUGCCAAUGGUGGAGGGCUCCGCAUGCUGAAGCACAGGUCUGAGAUGUACAAGCUCAACAGCGAAAUGAUGUAUUGGGUGCUUUAGUCAUGCGACACUUUAGUUCCAAGGGCCUCAAAUCACUGACCAAAGCAAUGAUUUGAGGCCCUACUUUACUCUUAACUGAGCUAGAUCAGGAAGGAUAAAUGUUUUAUCAUGUUCAAUAGCAGGUCUGCUUUAAUGACACAAUAAUAUAAUAAAAUGGCUUUUAAUCAUACGAAUACGUGUCCGAUCUUUUGAGUUGUGUCUUUGUUGUUAUUUGUGAUCGUUUCGUGAUCAGAUAUGGCACUAAAUUUAUUUCGUUUCAGUCAAUUUUCUGAUCGUUAGAUAAAUAGAUGUAUU